AUGACAUUUUUUAACACUGUUUAUAAGAAACAUUUAACAAGCGAAUUUUCAUUGCAGGCGCUGAGUCCAAACAACCAAAAUAGCCUCUUUCAGCAACAGGAACAAGAUCCAACAAAUUUGUACUUAGCAAACUUGCCACCGAAUUAUACAGAAAGAGAUUUGCAAAAGUUAUUGGAAAGUUAUGGUUCAACAAUCAGUACAAGAGUAUUAAAGAAUGGUGAUGGUUCGAGUAGAUGUGUUGGGUUCGCACGGAUGGAUAAUGAAGAGUUGUGCGCAAAAAUUAUCAAAGAAAUGAAUGGAAAAAAAAUAAUUCCGGGUUGCAAUUUACCAUUAAUGGUAAAAUAUGCUGAUAGUAAUAAGAAAACAAAAAGUCGACCAUUACAAAGUGUUCCAGGAUUGUAUAGUAGCCUUACACAUCUCGAGAUUACACAACCAUGUUUUGCAACACCACCAUAUGACCAAAGCGGGCAGUAUAUCCGCACCAAUCCAAACUAUCAAUACCUAUUAACACCACCAUCGCCUUACGUUUACAGUGCACAUCCUCAAUAUCAUGUUUUCUCAGGUUAUGGAGAUGCUCCAUUUGGGAACCUUGCUGCUCAAAUGCAAAAUUUAUCACUUCAAGGUGCUAAUGCGAUGUUGCAUCCAUCAGCCGAAUUGACAAAUAUUGGACCGGGUACAAGUAUAACAGCGAAUCAAACACCAGCUGGUACAGCAAUUCCUCAGGUUGCUAUGCAAACUUAUACAGUUCCACUCUAUCCAUGGCCAUAUGGUGUCCAGGCAACAACUGAUCCGAAUAUGAUUGGUGCAGUGGUAACAUCAGCGACACCGUUGCAAAAUUUUGUACCAGAAUUAGCUGCUAUGCAUACAGAUGCUGCAUCCGCUGCUGCUGCUACUGUUGCUGCUGCCGGUGCUAUUGGUAGUAGUAGUAGUAGUGGUGGUGGUGGUGGUGGUAUUGCGGUAUCAACAAAUCAAGCAUCAUCUGGUCAAAUUAUCUACGCCACUCAGUCACUACCACCACCACAACCACCACCAUCACCCUAA